AUGCCCGGUGAUUCCACUGCCUACCCUGACAUGCCGGGUGCGGCUGCUCAUCAAGACAAUCCUCCUCAAUAUGAAUCUAUUCCCCACGUGCACCGCAUGAGACAUUACGCAUCUUCGGUAUGGGAGGCCAUCAAACCUAAUGCCUGCUUCGCGUUCGACUCUUCAUUGGCCCUCAGGGACAGCACGGCAACAGCCGAAUCUCAAUGGGAAGGUAGACUUCACGUCAAAACACUCGAUCUGCUGCGAUUAAUGCGAGACGGCUUCCACUGGACAACAGCAAACUUCGAUAUCACAAGUAACUACAUUCUAAUGGAUAUCGACAAUGCGAAAGAAGACACCAUAUAUUCUGGCUGGACAUGCUCGCGAAGCUACUUUCUGUCGGACUUAGGUGACGAACCCUACUGGACCGCGAAGUUGGUCGUAUAUGCGCGGAACACCGGUGUUCUGUCAAAAUUCAGGCCCACUCAACUCAGCCUGGAAAACAUGAGAUCAGUUUCUGCAUGGAGAGAAGAUGUUAGACGGGGCAUACAGCAGUGGAUUUACGACUGGGAUGUUGAGGGGCCAGAGGAAGCUUUUAACGCCAUUUACGACGACAUGCCUCUGGAAGGGUGGUGGCCAUGGCCCAAACAUGGUGACAAUGUCGUGCUGGGGUCCGAGAGUUCGGAUGGUGAUUAG